CAGCUCAUGACUGGAUGAUCAUGAUCCUUCCACGAGGCGGCUUGGCUGUCAAAACGUGCCGCUUUGAAGAUUCUAGGAUGAUGCCCAACAACACCUAUCCAUGCACUGUUCGUAUUCUGCUUCUUCGGCUCCUUGGCUACCCUCCCUAGAUUUGAGUUAUUCCUUAUAUCUCAGACCCUUGGUUCGUUUAGCUCCACAUGCUCUCAACUCCUUCCAAGUCGUUUGGAUUCAUUCCAGUCGUCGUAUCUUCAUUCUUAGUACCCGCAACGGCCUACAUCGCAGCAGCUUUGCCUUCUGCACGAGAUGGCUCGUGACAAUGGCAUCGGUGCCGACUAUGAAGUCUCCUAUCCUAUCGCCCUUACCCUCAUCGUCUUUCUCGGCAUCUCAGUAUACAACGUCAUUGAGCUUAUGCUCGUGAUAUUUACGACCUUCAAAAGACGCCAUGGCCUAUAUUUCUACUCGCUUCUUGUGGCAACCUUGGGCAUCAUACCCUACGCACUGGGCUUCUUCUUCAAGUUCUACAACAUCACCUCGUCGAGGAUACUCUACCUCACCCUUAUCGCGGUGGGUUGGCCUUGCAUGAUAACGGGGCAAUCCGUCGUCCUCUACUCGCGUCUCCACUUGAUAUACCGCAGCAGCGCGGACACCGGACGAUGGGUACUCGUUAUGAUCGUCGUCGACGCCAUCGUCUGCCAUGUCCCAGUCAUUGUUCUCCUCUACGGCGCCAACUCGUCGAACCCCGAACCCUUCCUUACCCCGUACUCCAUCUAUGAAAAGGUCCAGAUAACAAUCUUCUUUCUCCAGGAGGUCAUCAUCUCGGGCCUCUACCUCUACAAAACCUCCAAACUCCUACGCGCUGAAUGCGGAAUUCGCGGCCGCAACUCGCGCCUCGUCAUGACGCACCUCAUCUGGGUCAACGUCAUGAUCAUUAUCCUGGAUAUCACCCUGCUCGCCAUCGAAUACGCCGGCUACUACGACGUCCAGGUCGUGUACAAGGCAGCUGUCUACAGCAUCAAGCUGAAGAUGGAAUUCUCCAUCCUGAACAGACUGCUCGACCUCUUCCAGGGCCGCAUCCACGACAGCUCCGACGACCCACGAUCCCAUCCCACCGUCCACGGCCAUACCACCUUCAAGCGAUCUGCAGGCAAAUCCAACACGGCCAACGGCACUGUGCUCGCGGGUACCACUACCGUGGGCAAUUCCAUGGGCAAUUCGGCGUACGCAAGGAUGGACGACAAUAUCAGUCCUAUAAGCGGCAUCAGCGCGAAGGACAUGGAGGUUGUGAAGACUACGGAGAUAAGGAUCGAGAGUGCGGACAGGUUCCCAUCGCGGGAUGUUGGCGACAUUGAGCUGGAGAGUGUGGCCGGAAAGAGCUCGAACGCUGAGGGUGUGCAGAGGUCGGCCAGCACGAGUUCGAGCGAGCUGCGCAUCGUGCCGCAUGGGUAUUGA